GUUACGGCGACUGUGCCAGGUGCUUCUACUGCGGAGGUGGUCUGAGGAACUGGGAGGACGAGGACAACGUCUUUGUCGAGCACGCCAGGUGGUUCCCCAAGUGUGCCUUCAUACGCCAGCAGAGGGGGCAGUUCUUCGUGGACACGGUUCAGGAGUUAAACAAGUCGUACACUGCGGUGAGUCUCCAGUGCCUUGCUUAUUUUUAUUUUUUUUUUGAAAUAUACGUUUCUGUUCAACACAGGCUGCUUCCAUAUUCUACUAACUUCACGCCUUUUAUACCAUACACAGACUGUUGUGUUAUUUACAUGGACAGUAUGAAAUCGUCAUACCCUUCUUUAAUAUGUUUUUUUUAAAGUUAAAGUUUGUAAUCAUUUCAAAUUUACAGAUACCCUUAGAGAGAGUUCUGGCAAUUACAGGGGCAUCAGCUUUCCCAACUUUAGGUGAGUCUAGCAGAAUCAGAGUAAAUGAUAACUAGGUAAAAAAAAAGUGCUGGCAGAUAUUUUAAACAAGUGUUUCUGCAAUGUUGGAAUUAUUUACAUAACAUUACUAGUAUUCAUUUUUUUUUAAAAUAGAUGUCCAUUUAUUUUCUUUCUUUGCCUUCCCCAGCCCCAACUCAUAUUCUUUAAUUUUUCUUUUCCUCUUGUAUUUCUCCUUCAAUCAGAAAACAGAAAUUACCAUAAAACAUACUAAACCACAAAAUCUAUGUCAUAUUAUAGGAGACAUUGAUGUUUUGCACAUAAAGUACAGUACAACAUGAUAGAUGUCCCCUUUAGAUUUGUUACCAGUCUCUUAAAUUCUGCUCAUUUCUUCUGCAUCUAAAAUGUAUUGCUCCGUAGAAAAUAUAGAAAAAAACCGACUAUUUCAGCCACUAAAGAUUUGCAGCUGAAGAAAGACCCGGCGGUGAUCACAGUCCAACAAUUGGGCUACGACGAGGAAGAUGUGCUGCAGGCAGCCCAGCUCGUCAAGGACGAAUGUGAGUUGAAACUAAUAUAG